CGCUGUUUUUCUGAGUAAAAUUGAACAAUUUAGUGCUUGUUCCAUUAUUGGUGUGGCUUUCCGAUGGAACUGUGCCGGACAUGCAUGAAUGUGCGCGGCGAUGAAGCCGUUGGCGAUCAAUUUAUUUCAAUUUUUUCUGUGGUGGAUGAUGAUGUUUACAUCGCUGAAUGCCUAACGCAGUGGGUCGGAGUUACGAUAGAGGAGGACGACGGGUUGCCGUCGGAAGUUUGUCACCCUUGCGUGGAGGCAAUAAAAUCCAUAGCACUGUUCGUCGAGAAUGCCAAGGAUUGUGACCGUAAGCUGAGAAAUAAACUACUGCCGGAUAUCACUGUGGUUAAGACGGAAAUAUCUCCGCUUAUUGAAGAUGAAGAUUACAAUGUCAUUGAGGAUGAAAUAAAAGACGAAGUUGAAAUUUCACUGGUGCAACCGACAGAACACAUCGAAAUUGAGUUCAUAAAUGAGGAGUCGAACGAAGAAGAAGAGCAAGCGCAGUUUCCGCAAUCGGAUUGUGAAGAAGUCAGUUCGGAUUCUGAUAAGUCUUACAGCAGCGAAGAUCAAGAGAGCAGCACGGUUAAACGUUCGGUAAAGAAGCGAACCACGAAACGGACGAAAUCACGGAAGAAGAAAUCUUCGCCCAAGGAUGAAGCUUUGCUUAUGGAAGAUAACUUAGAUGAGCUUGAUGAAAAGGAGCUAGAAACAUUCGAUAUAGUAGAUGUAAAAGAUAAAAUCGUAUGUUGUGGCUGUUAUAAGUGGUUUGAAACUACCGAAGAUUUGGAGCGUCAUGGUGAAUCCUACCAUCAGCCGAUGAAGAGGAAGAAAUUCAAUGCCUGUCAGAGCAAACCCGUGGUCUGCAAAUUUUGCUAUAGACGGUUUGAUCGGGAAACACUUUAUAAAACUCAUCGUAAGCCAUUUGAUUCUCGAGAGAAAGUGUACAGAUGCAAACUGUGCAACAAACGGUUUGUCAAUCCUCGUUUGCGACGAAAGCAUGCUCACAAUCAUAUCGAAGUCAGUGUGCCGGUGCCUAACUAUUUUACUGUAUCAAUCGAAAAGUUAAUGAAACAUGGUUUUAUGUGCUGCGUUCGAGGCUGUACCGUGUCGCGAAAAACCGAAGAUGAUUUGUUUGAACACAUUCGGGAUGAUCACCCAAAGCUUAAAACCGAUAUCACUGCAGAUCUAACAUUUAAACCGAUCCAAUGCGUGUUUUGCUUUAGGUACUUUGAAUCAAUGGAAAAGUUGAACGGACAUCAGAUGCAUCGGUAUUUUGGCGUAAAUGGAAGCAGCCAUCAUCAGUGUAGCAAGUGCGGCAAGAUUUGCCAAUCCAACGACCACCUGACAGCUCAUGAAAAUAAACACACAGGAAAUAAACCCUAUAAGUGUGACAUUUGCUUCAAGGAUUAUUUCAGUAAUGCGGUUUUGAAGCAGCACAGAUUGACCCAUACCUUGGAGAAGCAUCUGGAGUGUAAGAUAUGCGGCAUGACUUUCCGAAUGAAAUCGUUUCUCGAGAACCACUACCGCAUCCACAGCGACGAGAAACCGUUCCAGUGUAACGUUUGCCACAAGAAUUUCCGGCAUUCCUCGUCACUGUUUUCGCACAAGAAGAUUCACGAUCCGGAUCAGUACCGAAAAUGUCCGGUGUGUGGUAAGGGAUUCGCUGACGGUACCAAUCUCAAGCGGCACAUGGUCUCCCACACGGGGGUAAAACCGUACGGUUGCGAUUACUGCGACAAGCGCUUUAUGCGCUUGAUCGAACGAGGAGAGCACAUGAGCGUCGUUCACCAGGGAGUCAUGCCGUACAGCUGCGAUAUUUGCGGUGUUACAUUCAGCAAUAAGCGUUCUUACCAGAAACAUGAACAUACAUUGUAAUGAGCAAAAAAUGAAAUG